UGAGAGCAGAAGGCCUGACACUGACAAACUUGCUAAUUUUUUUUUCCAGAUAUAUACUUUACUUCGAGAUCCCCGAGCCUUUCACAUCCUUAUCAACGCUCAACCAAAAACGCAGUCUCCUCAUCAAACCUUUAGCUAUGACCGGCAAUAAUGGCUUUAGACCCUCAAAACACUGCCUGCAGGCAUGUUCAAGCUUUGCUCUGGCCUCCACACUUGCUUUCACACUUCAAAUCUACUUCUUCUCACCCAUAUCCCCAGACCCACUUCACCUUCCUCAUGUUUCAGCUACCCUCAAUUAUCCCACGAGCAACAAGUUACAGGAAGUGGCUAAAAUUGGAGAAGGAUUACUGGACAAACCAGAAGAUGUUUGUUUUGAUGGAGAGGGCAUACUGUAUACAGCCACAAGAGAUGGGUGGAUCAAAAGAUUGCAUAGAAAUGGAUCAUGGGAAGAUUGGAGGCUGAUUGGAGGUGAUACCUUACUAGGAGUCACCACCACAAGGACUGGUGGCAUCGUUGUAUGUGACACCCAGAAGGGUCUUCUUAAGGUUGGAGAAGAUGGAGUGUCUCUUCUUACAUCACAUGUUAAUGGGUCCGAGAUCAGGUUUGCGGACGAUGUGAUUGAAGCAUCAGAUGGGAGCCUGUAUUUCAGCGUUGCAAGCUCAAAAUUUGGACUCCAUGACUGGUACUUGGACGUGCUUGAGGCAAAGCCUCACGGGCAACUUCUCAAGUAUGAUCCUCUGUUGAAUGAGACAUCUAUACUACUUGAUAACCUGGCCUUUGCAAAUGGUGUGGCCCUUUCACAAGAUGAAGAUUUUCUGGUUGUUUGUGAAACAUGGAAAUUUAGGUGCCUCAAGUAUUGGCUCAAAGGGGAGAGAAAAGGAAGAACAGAAGUUUUUGUCGAUAACCUUCCUGGUGGGCCUGACAACAUCAAUCUCGCUCCCGAUGGGUCCUUCUGGAUCGCUCUACUAGAGUUGAGUCGAGAAGGGAUGGGGUUUGUGCACACAUCCAAGGCAUCAAAACACCUGGUGGCAACAUUUCCGAAACUGCUAGGGCUAGUCCAAGGCAUGCAGAAGAAAGCAAUGGUGGUGAAAGUGGGAGCUGAUGGGAAGAUGAUGAAGAGGUUUAAUGAUCCUAAUGGGAGUGUUAUGUCCUUUGUGACCAAUGCUUUAGAGUUUGAGGAGCACCUCUACUUGGGAAGUCUCAACACCAACUUCAUUGGGAAAUUACCAUUGACAACUGCAUGAUUACUUAAGCCUUGAAUGAAGAAGAAGAAGAAGAAGAAGAAGAAGAGCAAAAGAAAGGUGUGUAAUAAAAUAAGGGAUUAGUCCUAAUAUUGAAGAAUGGCCGAUGCCAAUUGACCUCAAAAAUGUGGUAAAGCAAUGAAUAUGCUUACUACUUUGCCAUGCUAUGAGCAUGGUACAAAGUUUCGGCACA